UAUGAUCAGUCAGGAGGUGGAGUUGAGUCCGUCUAAGUAGUAUUUAAACGGCGUUGCUCAGUUUCGUUUCGCGGUUCGUGGAGCGAUGAUCAUUAUAGAUGCACUCGUCAGCUGUGUGUGAUAUAUUGUUUAGGCGACCGUGAGACUUUGAGAUUUUGGCGAAGAAAGUUUCACCUGUGGUGCAAGAGGAGGACGCGUCUGUUUGUCACAGUGGUGUUAAAAGUCAAAAUGAAGAAUCUGGCUUGGCUGCUUCUGUACGCACUGAUCACCCUGUUCUGCCAUACAAGAGCACUGUCCCAAGUUGCUGUUUAUGGCGAACGGGGAUCUGAUCUUGGUAUUAAAGUGUUUCAACAAGUCGUCCGCUCCAAGCCUCUGGAUAAUGUGGUCCUUUCACCUCAUGGAGUGGCCUCUGUCCUUGGCAUGCUGCUACCAGGAGGUCAUGGGGAAACCCGCAGGCAAAUCCUCAGUGCUCUCCGAUACAAGAAAAACGGACCUUACAGAAUGUUGAAGAAACUGCACAAGACCUUAACCGCUAAGUCCAACCAGGAUGCCAUUCUCAUUGCCAACGGCAUGUUCUCCCCAAAGGGCUUCCCCAUGCAAAAGAGCUUUGUUGACAUCAACAAAGCUAACUUCCAGGCUGAGAGCAGGAGCGUCGAUUUCAGUGACACCCAAAAGGCAGCAGAUAAGAUCAAUGCCUGGAUCAGCAACAAAACUCGAGGUCACAUCACAAGCCUGAUCAAAGCAACUAUGCUGGAUUCUGCCCUGUCUCGCUUGGUCGUUGUUAACGCCAUCUACUUCAAAGGCUUGUGGAAGUAUCGCUUCCAGCCUGAAAACACCAAGCUGAGGCCCUUCACUGGGGGCGAUGGCCAAGUAUUUAAGGUUCCUAUGAUGUCCCAGCUAUCAGUCUUCAACAUUGGCGUAGCCAGCACUCCCCAGCAGGUGGCGUAUAAGGUGAUCGAGCUGCCCUAUCAUGGCAACAAGACCAGCAUGCUGAUUGUUCUACCCACUGAGGAGGAUGUGCCUCUAUCCCACAUAAUCCCACACAUCAACACAGCCACUGUGCAGAGUUGGGGAAAACUGAUGCACAUGCGGAAAGUGCACCUUCUCCUUCCCAGAUUUACUGCGGAUUUGGAGGUGGAUUUAAAGGCCCCUUUGUCUGUGCUGGGUAUGACAGACAUGUUCCGUCUGGACAAAGCAGACUUCAGGCACCUGAGUUCAGAGCCUGUAUACAUCUCCAAAGCCCUCCAGAAAACCAAAAUUGUGGUGAAUGAAGAUGGAACAAAAGCAUCAGCUGCCACUGCUGCAAUUUUGAUGGCUCGGUCCUCUCCUCCUUGGGUUUCAGUGGACAGACCUUUCCUCUUCCUCAUUCGCCAUAACCCAACUGGUACACUCCUCUUUAUGGGUCAAAUCAACCAGCCCUGAAGUCAAUGUCCGCUGUGCAGUCCCCCCGCCCCUAGUGGUGUUGUAGAAUGAUGGGAAUUUGCUUGCCUGCCCACAGAUGAACACACUUCAGCUGUAGAUAUUUGUCAUCUUGCCUUUUGUUAGUAAUUACCAGAAAUGCAUGACAUGCCUUAAGUUGUUUUUUUUUUUUUAAUUCCCUCAGCUAUAUGUAUUUUUUUUAACAUACUGAAUUUGUUUUGUGUAUUUUAUUAACUCUGGAGUAGCAUAAAAUGUUGACUAUAAUUUGUUUUAUUUUGUCCAUUUCAAUAAAUAUCACUCCAGUCAA